AUGGAAGAUGUAGAAGCAGAGGAAGAUGUCCAGACUGUAUUGACACAGGAGACACAUGAGCUAGCAGACAUUCUGAGCUAUCAAGAUGAUGGCUUUCUCACCAUGUUCUAUGAAAUGAUGGACAUCAGUUCGCGGGAGAGGCUAGUGCAACUUGCGAGCCACAGAGAGCGCAUCCUGGGGUUGUUGAAUUACUUCAGGACUGCAGAACCUGCUAUUUGUCGGCAAUUUCUUCAAAUGGUUUGCAUGCUCUGCGAGAACAUGCCAAUGCUUCUGGAAUCACGGCUGAUGUCUGUGGCCGGGUCUGUGACUAUUUCCCCUAUAUUGUCCAUUAAUUUGGAUAUCUCGUCCAUUUUGUUAUUCUUCUCAGAAGAAGUUGUUGAAAACAACAGUCAUACCCUGGUUGAUGAGUAUAUGCCAUCUCAAGAGUGCUGUCUGAAACGCCCACGAAUAGACCACAUAGAAAGUUACAAGGCUGCUGUGAGGAGAUGUCUACUGCAGAGGUGGAAGAGGGUGAUGCAGGGUGUGGUGAAGGUUUCUUUGGAAGAGGCCUGGGUAAGUCUGRGCCACAAAUGCCUGGUUAGACCAAGAGACAGGGCUGAUCGACGGCUGAGCCCACCAGAGCUCCAGGAGGGGGCUGUGGAAGACAGGGUGACCGUUGACUCCCUCCUGGGUUCAGAAGCCCGGGUCACAUUGCUGUUGGGCCAGGCAGGGUCAGGGAAGACGCUACUAAUGCACUGCCUUGGACAGCGCUGGGCUCAGGAUGCCUUCCCCUCCUUUCACCUACUGGUCCUGCUAGAGUUCCGCCAGCUCAACCUCGUGGCUCGGCCGUUGUCUCUGAAAGAGCUGCUUUUUCGCUUCUUCCUCCCACCAGAGGGUGGGGAGGAGGAGGGUGCUGCUGUUCUUGACUUCAUCCUCCACAACCCUAAGGAAAUAUGCUGGAUCUUUGAUGGCUACGAUGAYUUUCACACUAAAAUCACCCACUCAGGGAGUCUGAGCAGCCCGUUUGACCCACAGUGCCCUCUACCCAUGGCAGAGCUGAUAUCAGMGCUGUGCAGUCGCAGGAUCCUCCCAGGAUGCACCCUACUGAUUACCUGCAGGCCUCGGGAUGUGACAGAUUUGGAGAGCUCUGUGGACUGCAUUGGGGAGCUGCUAGGCUUCAAUUGGCGCAGUGUGAAAGAAUAUGCUGAACAGUACUUCCAGGACAAGGAUCUGGAUCUAAAGGAGAAGGUAGUCAGUCACCUACUGGCCAACCAUCGCCUCCUCACCUUGUGUUACCUGCCAGCUCUCUGCCAUAUCUGCUGUGUGUGCUUGGAUCACAUAUUCUCCAGAGGUGGGUCUCAGUCCCAGGCUUUGCCCCAACUGCCAACCACCCUCACCCAGGUCUACCUCCAGAUCCUCUGUGCCUUUCUGAGCCGAUGCUCAGGGAGGGUCAUGCCCGUGUUGCAGAGUCACAGGGCAGAGGUCACACAGCUGAGCUGCAUGGCCAUGAAGGGUCUGGAGGACAGCAGGAUCGUGUUUCUCUCUGAGGAGGUUCCACCAGACCUGUUGGACUUCGUCACCAAGGCUGGUCUACUCUCACAGGUGGACCAGGGUUACACGUUCAUGCACCUCACCAUGCAAGAGUUUAUGGGUGCGCUACACAUCAUGACCAGCGAGGACAUCACAGAGGCCCAGCUUAGGAAGAAGUUGAACCUCAAGACCCGCUGGACCACGAAAUCAGACCCCAAGACGGUCUUCACUGAUUCUCUCCACCUCUAUGUGUGUGGGCUUGCCGCCCCAGCCUGCUCUCCUUACCUGUUCCAGCUGGUUGAGGGAGCAGGGGCUGUGAGGUGGGUAAAGAAACGCCAGGCAUUGGUUCUCAAAUUGCUCCGGAGUCUGGCAGUGAGCACCAACCUGACUGGGCCCAAGGUAGUGGAGCUGUGCCACUGUAUCCAGGAGACCCAGGAUGCACAGCUGGCCAUGGAGGUGGUGGGGUCACGAUCAUGCUUUGAGCUAAGGAAUAUCACGRUGAACCCUGUAGAUCUGGAUUCCCUGGCCUUUGUUGUAUCGUCUGCUGGAGUGGGAAUGGGGCUGGAGUUUGGAGCUUGUUCUAUGGAACUAGAGUGUCUAGAUAUUCUACCCAGCUGCCAGCACAUCGACUACCUAAUUUUUCGAAGCCGCAAGUAUGAUGACAGAUUUGCAGAUAAACUGUCUAGCAUCCUCCCCAGACUACCAACCCUGAAAAGAUUUGAGUUUAUCUGUGGUAACCUCACUGAUGUGGGAGCUGCCAAACUUGCCAGAGCCCUGGAGAGCUGUCCACAGAUCACGGAGCUCAACUUCAGUGACAACAGCCUGACCGACAGAGGAGUCGGGGAGAUCGCUGACCUCAUUCCGAAGCUGCCCAGUCUAGCCUAUAUCUUGCUGGGGAAGAAUGGCUGCUCUCUGGAGAUUAUCUACACCCUUCUAGAGAAGAUGACUUCCUGCCCCUCCAUCCAGGAAGUCUAUACCGAUGGAAUGAAGGACAUCAACGGCCUGUUUUUCCCAAGCUCAGACAUAACAAGUUCUAAGAAAAACAUUGGACUGACUGUCAGCCUAUUAAACUGCAGUUUGAGUACUGAUCAGCUGACUAGAUUGUGUCAGUUGCUAGCGAGAACUCCUGGCCUCACUCUCCUAGAUCUGUCAGGAGGCCACAUGAAGGCUGGCACUCUCAAGGCCCUGACUGACUCUCUACAGAAGCUGAACGUCUCCAAACAGAUUGUUCUGAAUGACAGCCACAUAUCUGUUGAUGGGCUGAUGAUUCUGACCAGUUUCCUGUCUGUAUGUCCUGAUGUGGUUCAAGUGGACAUCAGUCUAACGGGCUGUGCUCUUCGUCCCCCUGACUUGGACCGUCUGUGUGAGAAUCUGAGGGACUGCUCUGCUCUGACUCUGCUGGAUAUUUCCAACAAUGCUUUGGAAAACAAAGGUCUGAAGAAGUUGUUGGACCUCUUGCCUCAGCUUAGCAACAUACAGGAAAUCAAUGUCAGUGAGAAUGCAGUCAGCAUGGAAGGAGUGGUGCAGCUAGCUGGAACCUUGUGCUCACACAGGAACAUGAGCGAAGUGAAUAUCAGUCAUGGGMGGAAUGAGAAGCUGUUUCUGAAAUUCCUCUCCAGUAAAAGAAUACAAUCAACAGGAUUGGAACAGUGUAAGAAACUCAGUCUAACUCACAGUGGUAUCCAUCCCACUGACAUGAACAAGCUAUGUAGAAGACUGGUACAGUGUCCCAGCCUACUGGAGCUAGAUUUCUCCCAUGGAUCCCUGAAAGARGAAGCUAUUGAAAAUCUAUUGAAGAUCCUGCCUAAGAUGAAAUCUCUUCAGCUGCUUAAUAUGAGCCAUGUCCAGAUGUCUACGGAUGGAGCAUUGUUAUUGGUCAGAUCUCUAUAGAUAGACUGCCAACGUGUCAGAGCUGUGGAACUCCGGCCACAAGGAGAAGCCUUCAUCAAGUUUGUCAACAUGAAUGCAGAACAAGCAACUUGCAGACUCUCUCAGUACACACUGAGCAGUGGGGAUGUGGAGAAACUCUCUGGGAUCCUGGAGCAGUGUCCUCAUCUGUCUGACCUGGAUUUAUCCAGUAACCUUCUGAGAGACGAGGGAGUGAAGAGAUUUGUGGAUUCUCUGCCAAGGCUGCGGAUUGCUAGCUCAGUGAAUCUCGAUGAUAACAGACUCACUCAGAUGGGGGCUCUCUACAUUCUGAACACAGUGACGACCUGUGAAAAAGUGGUUGAAGUGGAAGUAAGUUUGGGAACUGAGAAGAGGUCGCUCAUCCGCUUUGAACAGGACAGUGACUGUGGCAAAACUCUGAGUCUGAGAGAGUGRCAUUUUGGGACUGACCAUCUGCAGAGACUAGCAGAGAUUCUGAAGAGCUGUGCUGCUCAGUUGGUCAAACUGAGGUUAUCCUGUAACACCAUGCAGAGAGAAGGCCUCUUUGCUCUACWGAACAGCCUGACUGCCCUGUCCUCAUUACACACCCUGGAUAUAAGAAACAAUGGACUGAAUGUUCAGGUGAUUGAAGACUUGGUGAAGCAGCUGAGGUGUGGUCAUGUCCAACGCUCUAUCAGUAUUGAGGAGACGUGGAUCACAGCAGAAGCAGCUGUUAACCUGGUCUCCUGCUGCUUGAACCUGAACCCCAACAUACACACCAUCAGGGUAAACCACACCACUGUACACAUUACUUUGGAAAAAUGCACAAAUCACACUCCUACCAGUGGUGAUUCUGCAGACAUGGCUGGCUCUCUGUCUACCGUGACCAUCAGUCUAGUAGACUGUGCAGUACAAGGGCACCACCUAGUGUCUCUGCAGACUGUGUUCCAGAGAUGCCCUCUGCUGCAGGACCUAGAUUUGUCACACAACAGCAUCGGUAGAGUGGGAGCAGAGUUUCUCUGCUCUGUCUUACCAUCCUUAGUUAGUCUGAGGAAACUCUGUAGGCUGUACAUGAAAAAUAUCAACAUGUUUCUAUUUUUCUGUAGUCUUGAGUCAAAAGAAACAUCUGAAGAUCUGGUAUUGCUCCUCGCCGAGGMGUUGUUGCAGGCUAAAAGCAUUGAGAGCUUGAAUUUUUCUGGUCAUGUGAUCAGUGACAGAGGAGCUGUAGUUCUGACCAGAACACUCCAGAACCUACCAAAUAUCAGAACAAUCAAUCUCUCCCUGUGCUCUGGUUGGACAGCGGCAGGAGCAUUGGACCUGGUCAAAGGGCUUGGACAGUGUCUCUCUCUGGAGGGGAUCAGCCUUGACUCUGCACAGCUGGAUCAAAAGAGCACAGUCUCCUUGGCACAAGGGCUCCAUGCUAUGACCUCCUUGAAGAGGCUAAAUCUGAAUAAGAAAGUAACCAUMGUGACUGGAUCCCCAGAGGAGGGGACCACACUGGUCCUACUGGCCUCUCUGGAGGGGCUCAGAGCAAUGGAGGAGAUUGAGUUGGAGGGGAUGAGGAUUUCAGAUAAAGGAGUGGAGGAGCUUAUCAAACACCUGCCCACCUGGACAGGCCUGAGGAAGAUCAGCCUGUCAGAUAACUAUAUUGGUGACCAAGCAGGAGAGAGGCUGGUCCAGGCCCUGGCUAACUGCACAGAACUGGAGGUACUCCAUCUGUCCAGAAAUAAACUCAGCCUAGCAUGUGCUGCCAAGAUGGGACGAGUUCUGCCCACUCUCACUCACCUCAGGGUUCUAGAUCUCUCCGAGAACCCGAUUGGCAGAGAAGGAUCUGUCAGUAUCUCCAAUACUCUGAUCUACAUGAAGUAUUUGACAAAGAUACACUUGACCUCCAUAGGGACUUCAGAGCUCACUGGUCUAGCUGCCAGCUUGGCUUACUGUGUCUGUGCAGAGGAUGUCAGUUUUGCGUGGAAUGGCUGUGGAGAUGAUGUCGCAGUGAAGCUUUCCGAAGUUUUACCACAAUGCCAGAAGCUAAGGAGACUUGAUCUUGAGUCGAACAGUAUCAGCACUACUGGAGCAGAGGCACUUGCCAGAAGCUUACAGUCUUGUCCGUCGCUUGAAGUAAUCAGACUGUGGAGGAAUAGUAUCUCUACCUGUGAUGCCCAGAGACUGAGACAGAGGGAGAAGAGGCUCAACUUCUUCUCCACGUAGUCUAUGAUCUACUCAUUCAGUGUGGCAGCAGAACAGUCAACUUGCACUUUUAUUUUUAUAAUAGUUUAUGCACUUAGAGACCACAUUUCCUUAAAAUUACAGCAGGUCAUCAAAUCAAACAAUAAAAUGAUCCUUGUGGGGGGGGCAGUGAACCUUUAUUCCAACCCUGGGAACUGGUCUCUAUCUCUCUUUCUUCCUCUUCCUGGAAAGGUCCGUGUGUUGUCUCUAUCCACUCAUAUUUAUUUCUGUAUUGAUUUUGAAUCUGGGAUUCAUUGAUUGCUUAAGUUUUGCAGAAUUAUUUAUUUUUCACAUCUGACUAAAAGGGUCGGUGAGACCAAGUCAAUUUGUUCUCUUGAACUGCUGGAUUCUAAUUCUGUCAUUGCUCAUGUUUCAAAUCAAAAUCAAAUCAAAGUUUAUUUGUCACGUGCGCCGAAUACAACAGGUGUAAACCUUACAGUGAAAUGCUUACUUACAGGCUCUAACCAARAGUGCAUUUUAUCUGCUAAUUUAUUCCUUACACUUGUUGUGUUUUGUCUUGUGUGGCACAUUUCUUGUUUACUUGUUUUUGUCCAUUUUGAUAUUUUAUUAUGACAUGCAUAAAGUGCAUAA